UUUCUUAGAUCCCAGUUGCGGAGGAAAGGGAGAGGUCAGCGUCUGGUCCAGUGACCAUCUGCCUGACGUUUGGCUGACUUUUGGUCAUUUCACAUGGAGUUGCAGUAAUGGUUUAGACUGAUAUCUGUGAAGAAACUUUUAUGACACUGAGAAAAUCAAUAUCUAAAAAAAUAAGAUGUGUAUUGUCCUUUUAAUAAUCCACAUAAUCCCUUGAUUUGAUUUGUUGUACUGGAGAACUUAUACUAGUAAUUUAGCAUUAAAAAAACAUAGCUAACCUAACUUUAUUUUUAACCUACCGAACAUAAUGAGGCUGUCGGCAUGGCAUUACAACUGCACACCAGGAUGUUUUCUUUUUUCCAAGUCUUUUAAAAUAAACAAAUACAUUCAAAUUUCAGCUUUUCAGCUUCAACGCGUGCUUAUCCAAAGAACCAAAACCCACUGGAUGUGUUACUCUGUCCAUUUUUUGUUUUUGCUAAAUUAGAUCCUCAGUUUGCUCCAAUGCCAUGUUUCCCUGUCAUCAAAAGAUGUAAAUCAGACGGACUACAUUAUCUGUGGAACUCUGCAGGUUUGGGCUGGAACAAUGACUUCUAUCAGAUCAGACACCUGACACUUUAUCUCUCAGCUCAGCUUUCUAGCAGCGGUCCUCGGGGAGAAACAGGAUAGGGAGGGUUACUGUGUGUGUGUGUGUGUGUGUGUGACCGCGAUAGAAAAAGUGAAAGGCACAAUCCCUGGAGACAAAAAGCCAGAGGAUUACUAUGCUCAGCAACGGGGCAGUUUUCAACAGAAACUUCUUCAACAACAAAACCAAUUGGUUGCUCCGACUUUGAAGCUGGCUGCUCAGACAAAACCAGGAUAUGGAAAUUACAAAAGAGAGAUGCCCGCUGGACCUUUGCCUCUGCCUCAUAAUUCUGCAGCCGACGGCAGCGGAUCUGAAAUCAUUCAGCUCAGAAAAAUCAACGGCUCCUCAGCAGAGACGCCGAGCUACCAGCACCUCCACCGGGAGCUGCUGCUCAGCCACAAACGGGGCCUGCUGCUGGAGGAGAAGCCAGAACUGAAGCGGGUUCUGGAGCAGCGCAGACUGGAGCUGCACAGGGAGGAGGAGAUGGCCCAACGACGGCCCUCCGACCUGGAGACGGAGCUCCGAAAGAGGCAACAGAAGCUGCAAGAGUAUGAGCAGGAGGAGAUAAGGCAGCGGGAAAACCAGAACAAGAUCCCAGAGUUUGUUCGCGUCAGAGAAAACCUGAGGCGCACGCAGACGUUCGAUCAGCCCUGACCUGCUCCCAUCUGCCAGUGCGGCCUCUCACCGUUGUGGCCCUAAAAACGUUUUCUGCUCACAGCCUGCUGAGCUGCAACAACAAACCAGAGACACCGGUGUAAUUUAACAUUUGCUAAUCCGCUGCUAAUUGUAAUGAAAAAUUUAUUUCUGGAGGCUAAAACUUUGUCCAUCUUUUAAAAAAAAGAUUUUUUUUUUCCAACUCAUUCACAGUUUUGUUCUUGGUGAGGGGUGAAGUACUCAGUUGUUUUUCUUUUCUUUUUCUUUUUUUUUUUUUACUAAAAAUCAUGGAUUUUUAGUAAAAAUAACAUUAUUGGCUGAAUGAAGGCAACAAUGUUCUGAUUCUGAAUGUUUUUUAUGUUUUUUAUGCUAACUAACUUGCCUGUCCCAUCGUCAGUUUUCUGUUUCAGUCAUAAUAUCAUCAUGUCAAGUUAUAUCAGAUCCCUUAAAAGAAAUAUUUUCAACAGUACUGUUUUAUAUUAGUAACUCCCAACAUUACAAAAAAUAUAAGUUUGUUUACUUGUUUCUGUCAUGGGUUUUUGAUUUUUAGUUUGUCUGUGUGUGUGAGAGAGAGAGUGAUGUGGAAAUAAAAGGUUUUAUGGUUUGGA